AUUUAUUUUUUAAUAAUACACAAACUUUUUGUCCAUUUUCCUCCCGAGCACCGAAUAAUAACUAACUUGUGAAAUCAGUUUUGAUCAGAAAUAUGGGAUAAUAAAACGCUCUUGAACGGAAAAUCCCUUCAGCUAGUUAUUUACCUCAAGAUUGCCGGCUGUUGCUGAGGUAAAAUUGGACCAAAACAAAAACCCAAACGGUUGACUGUUUGAUAUAAAGUGCACUAGGUAGGUAGGGUGUAGAAGCGCUGUUCUGUUCGAGGUAGUGCACUUGUGUAGUCAGUAAGAAGCCAUUUGGAGCUCGGUGUGUUAGCUCUCGGCUAGCUGGUGUGGACUGUGACGUCAUGAGGCGUCGCGGUGACGUCAUGACGCCGGGAGCUCCGACUCCGCCAUGUUGAAGGAAAUCUCUGCGAUAAGUGUUUUUAAUCUGAGUGGAGCUGGGAGCUGGGAGGGACGAGCCGGAGACGGAGCCGGAGCUAUAGGCAGACGGUCAGCGCGGAGUGGGAGGGUAGACGUGGACCCGCUGUUUAUUGAACCUCAACGUGUACGUGUGGGAAACAUAUUAAACCUGCGCUGAGGAGAGAAAGAGAAAGAAAGAGAGCGCGCGCGGAGUUUCUGCGCGAGUUUGACAUUCUGACUGAGGGGGAAAAAGUGGAAAAUCGGAUUAACGUUCAAGACCGUGUACCGAGACCAAUCAUCUUGUUGCUGAUUGUCCACACAGAGCUGAAGCUGGAGAACAAGAUCCAGUAAACCUGCUGUCCUGCAAAGUGCAUUAAUGACAUCUGGGGGAAACAGCCGGCUUCCAGUGACAGUAGUUUUCCCGCGAAAAAACAAUUCGUUACUAUAGCAAUUAGAUUGCUAAUUAAUCCGUCAACUAAUUACCAUGCUCCUGUCGCUUGUAUUCUGGACUUGGUCGCUUUGCUGACUGAAUAACCAUUUUUAUCAACUGUUUUUUUUUUUUUUUUUUUUGGACAGUCAGAGCAAAGGGAACAUCUGGAUAACGGAGCACUCUUCUCUUCUCUGCGUGGGGAAAAUUAAUUAGCAUAAUUACCUAAAUCUCAAAAACAUACAGAAUACAAUACAAAUACAAGCGAUCAAAGCGAAGAUGUCGACCAAAGAACCGAAAGAAAAACAGUCGACCACUGAGCGUAUCAUUAAGACCGUGCCCCUCCCGCCUCACCAGCGGCUCACCGUGAAGGAGCUGUUCGUGAACGGCAAGCCCAACACGGAUCUGCUGAAGAGCCACUUGGUGAAGGAGGGCCGCGUCGAGGAAGAAGUUGCCUUGCGCAUCAUCAACGAGGGUGCCAGCAUCCUGCGCCAGGAGAAGUGCAUGCUCGAGGUGGAGGCGCCGAUCACCGUAUGUGGUGAUGUCCAUGGGCAGUUCUUUGACCUCAUGAAGCUUUUCGAGGUGGGAGGGUCGCCAGACAACACGCGCUACCUCUUCCUCGGGGAUUAUGUUGACCGAGGUUACUUCAGCAUUGAGUGCGUGCUGUUCCUGUGGGCGCUGAAGAUCAACCACCCGAGCACACUCUUCCUGCUCAGAGGCAACCACGAGUGCCGGCAUCUCACGGAGUACUUCACCUUCAAACAGGAGUGUAAAAUAAAGUAUUCGGAGCGCGUGUACGAUGCGUGCAUGGAAGCGUUUGACUGCUUGCCCCUCGCCGCUCUCCUCAAUCAGCAGUUCCUCUGCGUUCACGGAGGCCUUUCGCCCGAAAUCAACUGCUUAGACGACAUCAGGAAAUUAGACAGGUUUAAGGAGCCGCCAGCGUUCGGGCCGAUGUGUGAUCUAAUCUGGGCCGAUCCGGGUGAGGAUUACGGCAGCGAAAAGACCACUGAGCACUUUAACCACAACUCGGUGCGAGGCUGCUCGUACUUUUUCAGUUAUCCUGCUGUCUGUGACUUUUUGGUGAACAACAACCUGCUGUCAGUGAUAAGAGCACACGAAGCCCAGGACGCAGGGUACAGGAUGUACAGGAAAAGUCAGACGACUGGCUUCCCGUCGUUAAUAACCAUUUUCUCUGCUCCUAAUUACCUCGACGUGUACAACAACAAAGCUGCUGUCUUGAAGUACGAAAACAACGUCAUGAACAUCCGGCAGUUUAACUGCUCCCCCCAUCCGUACUGGCUGCCCAACUUCAUGGACGUGUUCACGUGGUCGCUGCCCUUCGUCGGCGAGAAAGUGACCGAGAUGCUGGUCAACGUGCUGAACAUCUGCUCGGACGACGAGCUCAUGUCCGAGGGAGACGACCUGUGUGAAGGUGGAACUCCAGCAGCUCGGAAGGAGGUGAUCAGAAAUAAAAUCCGUGCCAUCGGCAAGAUGGCCCGAGUUUUCUCCGUGCUCAGAGAGGAAAGCGAGAGUGUUCUGACCCUUAAAGGACUGACCCCGACCGGGACGCUACCACUGGGAGUGCUGUCUGGAGGCAAACAGACUUUACAGAACGCCACGCUGCUGGCGAAGGAGGGCAAAGCCAUCCAGGGCUUCUCUCCAACACGGAAGAUCCGAAACUUUGAAGAGGCGCGUGGCCUCGACCGGAUAAACGAGCGCAUGCCACCGCGGAAGGACGGCCAGCGUGUUCCAGCCACGACCGUGACCGAGAAAAACGGCACAGACGGGAAGGUGUAAGGAACGCCGCCCCACACCUCCUCCACUGCAGUGUUCGAUCUCCCUCUGUUAAGCUCUACUGUAGAGACAGAACCAGAAACCUCCUACUGCAACGGAGAACUCAGGACCCGUGACUCCAUGAGUCCAAAGAGAGAGAGGUUAAAAUCACUCACCACUAUGAGAUUGUAAUUGUUCAAACGAAAUGUAUUGAAUAUUAGAUGUACGUGCUAGCAGUGUUUUCAACCGUGGACGAGUCUUUGAGACGCGCCGGAGCCCGUUCCGUUUUUCCCCCGGACGCAAACCAUUUACAUCGACGUCCGUUAAACCCCAAGUACCUGUUCAUGUAAGAAAGGUGGAGACGAACGAUGAAGGUAUUCGACUGUCCUAUGUUUACGGUUGCUUGGCAAAGGGGGUCAUGGGAUUCCGAGCAAUUAGGUCAUCUUUAAAUCGGGUUUUGCUCAUUCAAAGCCGUAACGAAACAGGUUUUUAAAUUUGCUCUCGCGUCAGAUUGUCAUUAUUAGAUUUUCUAACCCAGGCCGGACACAGAAAGAAUUAAUUGUUGAUCAUUUUAUUUACGGGUCUAAAAACGUACUUUGAGAUAAUGUUACGCCAAAAGGUUUUAAGCAACAGGUUCAUUUUUAUUGCAUUCAUUUAUUAACUGCCUACCAUCUGAUCAUUAUUAUUGUAUUGAAGGAAAGAAUACCUCAUACUACAUUGUUUUAGUGGAUAAUUAAAGCCCUCCAAAAUCAAAACUUGGCAGGAAGACGUCUUUGGACGACUUGGUUGUAGCGUUGUAGCCAAAUGGACUGUGCUAGACGUUGACCACGGCUGGGGGCGUUCCCUUUAAAAAAAAAAAAGUAUCCUCAGAGCCAAAACUUUUUCCUUGAAGUAUUUUUCCUUGCGGGAGUGCGAUGUGUGAUGAUCCCCUGAGAAUCAACGCUCUGUUUGUGUUUGUGUGUAAACCAUUAACAAAGCCAAUUAAACUUUCACCAGGUGGGUUUUUAACACUACGUGAGGCUCGCCAUGGUGCCGAGCCAAACGAUGUCUGUCUUCUCUGAUCUCAAAGAGAAAUUUGCAUUAAGAUUUUGAUAUUUUAUACGUGUUCGUCGAUUGAUUGAUUGUAAUUCUGAGAACUUUUGCAAAGACUGAAGUUAUAAAAUAUAUUGGUGCCGAUGAACAUCGGAGGAGAAAUCGAAUACACUCAUGCUGUGUGCAAGAGCACUGAGUAUUUAACUGGGGGGGGGGGGGGUCUAUUUUUUUUUCCAUUUGGUGGAAAUUAUAGUUUUAUUUAUUUUAUUUUUUUGUUUAGACGCUCUUGUUAAAUGCUAUACUUAAACAAUGUUGAUGGUACUGUAUCUAAAACUAUUGACAUUUGUGCUAUGUGCUGUCGUGCUGUACUAAAGAUAAGCGUGUGUGUUUUGCCAUUUUAUGGGAUUUACCAGAACGGUGGUUGCGCAGGAACAUGCCGAUCAGCACACUAUACCUCCUCAUUCCAGAGUGGCUGACGUGGUUAAUUCAAGCAAUGAUUGAUCAUCGACUUCAUUUGGAGUAUCGUCAUUCAGCUGUUAUAGUGGACUUUUUAACUUUGCUACAUGAUUUCGCUUUGCUGAAAAGCUGUGUACCUCUUGUGUCUGCAGGAAGGAAACAAUGUAGCCCCCCCAACACCAAGAUCCUGCUAAUAAAUGGGUGAAGCUCCUCACGAUUCCAAGAGUGUGUGGUAGCCAGAAUACUCUUAACAGUUUAACUAUUUAUAAUGAAAAUGGUUUCACUUUGAUGUUUAAAGCAUCCCUAUAAAUGUCAGUUUAUUCAGAAAUAGUACAGACGAAGCCUUUCUACAAGUAGGGGUGUACAAACUUUUGAUCGGUAGCGCCCUUGAUUCUCCAGACACAUGGUACAGCAGCUUUGGGUUUUAAUCGCAGCGUUUGCUCAACAAGGCAAGGAAACGAAUGAGUGACUUCAGGUGGAGUACCUCAGGGUUCACAUCGUGGCCCUUUAAAGAUUCAGCUACAUGCACGUUUUAUAGACUUUUUACUCUGUUUUUUUUUUGUCUGAGGCGAAUAUGCCACUAUGUAAGUAUUGGGUUUCUUUUUCAUACACCUUACUGUUGUAUGUAGGAAGCGAUUCGUACCCGACUAAUACUGGAUUAAAGUAUCAGUGAUGUGUGCAGUGUAGAGAAUCUGUUCUUAAAGGUAAGUAAGAGAAACACUGACAAGAUGCGAAGGACAUAUUGUUCACUACAACCUCAAGUCUGUGGUAAAAUAUUCAAGGAUGAGUGAAUCCUACACUCAAAUAUUUGUAACAUGAAGCCACCGGUUAAUUCUUGAUUUUAUGUAGAUGUUUCACUUAAGAAAUAAAAUGAAAUGCGUAA